AUGGACAAGCCUGUGGCUAUCAAGUCAGAACCUGUACCACCUGCACGUCCGCCUCGUGCUCCUCGACCACCUAGGCCAAACUUCAGACAGAUUCACCAGUUUCCUCUUCCGGUCAAUGUACAUCACAUUCCUCCUGUAAUUCCUCAUAACCCUCUUUCUCUUAUAAGUGUUGCUCUCUCGUACCUCACAUUUCUCAUCUCCCCGCCCCGCCAAGAAGUCUAUUAUGCCUACUUUGACAAAGCGACCUCAUCGAUCCAUGUUACGGACGAGAGAUCCAUUAAUGCCUUGUGGCAGAUGGGAUUCUUCGGCAAGGGUAGUCUCAGUCGAAGUGAACCCAGCUGGCUAGCACGAGAGAAGAAACGAAGAGGGUUACAUAAUGAGAAGACCAGCGAGGAGAUAACAAGACUACGACGUACUGAACGUCGUGAGCUGAAGUUAGAGCGUGCCCGGAUGGAGAAGCUGGCUAUUGAAGAAACACUUAAAGCCGAGGCGGCUGCUAGGGAAUCUGUUGCUUCUGAGCCUCUUGACGAAAAUGCCCAAUCAACGACCACAGACGACACGACUAAUGUCACAGCGAUUACAACGGAGAAAUUCUCUUUGAAGAAGGCAAGAGAAGCUCGUGCGCUGGAAGCAAAGCAGGCGCGCGAAAUGGCUGCACAAAAUGCGGUUCUCGCCGAACAAAUCCAGUCUGAGACCUCGUCUAACAGCAAAUCCGUGCGUUUUUCAUCAGUCGUCCAAAAGAACGAAUGCCAGUCCACUUCACCCUCGUCCUCAAAAUUGCCUGAUGCUGUCGUCGACAACCUCGAUUCAGAUGACUUCCCAAAUCAGGAGCAUCUCCAACUCUCAAACGAGGAGGCCUUCUUCCUUGCCUACUCGCUUGGAGCAUUGCAAAUCUACGAUUCACCGUUGAAACCAGGGGAGGCCCAGACAACAUCGCCAACCACCAUCUCUGCGCUCCUCCAAAAGUUCUGCCAUCACUCCUUCCAACCUGCCCGUGACGGCUCUGCGUCCCUCCAACCAGAUGAUCCCUUCAUGACCUCCUACGCCGUCUAUCACCACUUCCGGUCCCUUGGGUGGGUUGUACGCUCCGGUAUCAAAUUCGGAACCGAUUAUCUGCUUUACAAUCGCGGACCAGUAUUCUCCCACGCCGAGUUCGCAGUCAUCAUCAUUCCUUCAUAUUCCCACUCUUAUUGGUCCGAGACGCAAGAGCGGAAAAACUACACUGCAGAAAAGCAGGCGAGGAGUUGGUGGUGGAUGCACUGCGUCAGCCGUGUGCAGGCCCAGGUGUUGAAGAGCUUGGUCGUUUGCUAUGUCGAAGUGCCUCCGCCAGCUGCUUCAAUCGAUGACAUUGGCGCUCUGUUCGGCCAAUAUAAGGUGCGCGAGUUCCUCAUUAAGAGAUGGACUCCAAACCGCACUCGUGAUUGA